AUGCAGCCAGCCCCAUCCGCUCCCCCCGCCCGCUCCCAAUAUACCUCCACACGCAAAAAGCACAGCGAGGACCGCAGACUCAGCGUCGCUACUGCUGAUAGUUCCGCGUCGCUCACCUCAGGUAGCAGCCCGGCGCGGAGUGUCCGUCGGCGGGCAGUCGCCAAGAAGGGUCACGUUCAAGACGAGACCAGGCCACACGACCACCCGGUACUGAAGGGAGGGGAGGGCUGGGCCGAGCCCACGCCGGGCGAACCGCCGGCACCGGAGAGAAGGCGCUCCCGCACCCGACGCUCUUACGAUCAGGCGGCUUCCGGCGCAUCCGAACGUCAUCAGUCCCCGCCGCCCUGCUCCUGCCGCCCGGCGCUGCCCCGAGAGGCGGCCCCGUGGAGGAGAGGAGAGGCGGCCCCGUGGAGGAGAGGAGAGGCGGCCCCGUGGAGGAGAGGAGAGGCGGCCCCGUGGAGGAGAGGAGAGGCGGCGUUUCCCCUCAGGCGGGACAUGGCUGCUGAGGAAUCUCGCUGCCUGUUGCUUCACGCCGCUUCCUACUCGUACCCAAGGUUUUGGGUUUGCCUUUGUCUGGGGUCCAGCUCCAUGGUUGCUGAUACCUGAAAUCUUACUUAAAGAGAGAGGCAUAGUGAACGCUGCUUGUGUGUUAACGAACUGGGUUAUGGUCUUCUUAGGAACCCAUCGAAUUUCAGUAUGUUAUAGUAAGUACCAUUAAUUACUCUUUAUUUCUUCAGUUCCUGUGGUUUUUUUUAACCUGGUGUACUGACUGUAAUGGCCACGUGAAAAUAUUAAUUGUAUUGGGGCCAGUAUUUUUUUCUAAGAUGUAAAAUAAAAUCCAAUUUUAUAAGUAAAUAAAUAAAAUUUCCUUGCUCCACUCUACCUUUUCCUUAUAGUUCAUGUUACAGUGAAGAAGUGCACGAUGCAGCCUGGGUAAUGUUAGUUUCAGACUGUAGUGCUUGAUGUUUGUGUGGCUGUUUUUUCUGGGAUGCCUGACAUCAGAAUUAAGUCUUAAUCCCAAAUGGAGAUGAAUUCUUGGCUUUCAUGGAUUUAAGGUUUUUUUCCUAUUGUCCGGUGGCUAGGAAUACAUUUAAAUCACAAGAAAG